ACAGCGAAGACAUAUUCAUUCAAAGGUAGAACACAAGCUGGAUAGCCGGUGUGUUUGUUGAGUUAGUAAAUCACGCACAAGUCGCGCUGGUAGCCGCUACCUGCAGGGAGAGAAGCCAUAGGAAGAAGGAAAUGUGAGUGCUUUCCCUUGGACAACAUUGAUGAACGUCCGUCAACGUGACAAGGUAUCAUUUGAGUAUCGUCACGUUCUGUGCUAAUCGUCGCUGUCUGAUCAGCAUAGAAGGAAGGUCGCUGUUUUCGGAACAUGUGUUUGAUCAGAAUUUUGGCCUAGACAGACCAUCUCUGCCACUUUAGGUCAUCUAAGAUGCUGAUGGUGAAAUGUGUUCUGCUGCUGGUCUGCACCACAAUAGUGCUGUCAGCCUCCAUUAUUUCUGCAGGCACCUCUGGUGAGACGAUCAUGGAUAUUAAAAUGAAGGGAGCGAAGCCAGAAGAACCUGAUGGUUAUAUCUGUACCAGUUAUGAGGUUCCAUACGAUGAAGCCUAUAUCAUAAAGUACGAGGCAAUGGCAGAUGCAGAUACAGCCCAUCACAUACUGAUGUAUGGAUGUGAUGGCGCAGCUUACAGUCAAGCUGACACAUGGAAUUGUCCUGCAAUGUGCAAUGAUAUGGCAUCACAGAAAAUUAUAUUUGCAUGGGCCAAGAAUGCUCCCCCAGCAGUGCUACCACAAGGUGUUGGUUUUAAAGUGGGUAGGAAGUCCACUAUUAAAACUAUUGUCCUACAAAUUCAUUACGCUAAAUCUUUCAGCAAGAUGAACAGCCUGAUCAGUCAGGUAUACGUGUACACCUGACUGAAGUACGGCAGCCAUAUAUGGCUGGA